AACGUAGGUAAAAAUGAAAUUAUUAGAUUAAAAUAGUAUUUAGGCCGAGUAAGGCGAGCGGCGAGUAGUUGUCGAAGGAUCAGUGGAGCGAACUGGCGGUUCCUUUGAUGGUGUGGAGCGGCUGAUCCCCCUCAUACGAGCAACACCAGUGACCGCUGUCGAAGUCCGUAGUAGGUGCGAGAGCGAGUCAAGGUUUUAGUCUCGGCUCAGGGCGGUCGUGUUCAAAGGGCUUUAAACCCGCGAUACGCACAGGUGUCUCAGUGUGUAGUUACGUUCGUCGUCUACUGCAGCCGGCUUUUUUUCAUUUUAUUUUCCACAUUAAUUUUCUUCGCAGCAAUCUGUUAAAUGUUUACUUCUGAAAAGUUAACCACUGAAAUAUUUGACAAAUUUGAAAAUGAAAUUUAAUUUGAUAUUGCCCUAUAAGGAUAUGUGUGCGUUCUGCCUUGGAGAAGUAUUAUGACGGAUACGUAUCAACUGUUCCAAAUCAUCCUAACAGGUGAACAUGACAUAGUAACAAUCUCACGGACGUUAACAGAUUUUGUAUGAAAAAUAUAAUUCGAUAGCGCGCGCGUGUGUGAAGACGUGUCCAAUGGAUAACCGAAAGUCGGUGAUUGAAAGCGACCUGGAAUAUAUUUCAGGAUUAGACUGGUGCACGUUGAUACGUGGAAUGGUCUCGUGACAGUAGUACUCUGGAUCUUACAUAAGGUGUAUAUAAACAUUUUUUUCAUAAAUUAUAAUUGGAUUAGUUUUUUUAUUUCACUCAGGGACCUUUAACAUAUUUGACUGUAUUGAUAGGGGUGCAUUUGUGAACCAGAAAUUGAAGCAACCAUUCACGGAUUUUCAAAGGGGGUAAAAACGAGAAGAAUUGUGUGACAUGUUUGUGAGGUGGAUGUGAAUUCUGACACACAUUAGUUAGGUUUUGUAGGUCUCUAACUUACUAUGACGAGGGUAACCUCGUCCUUGGUGUGGAUUCUAGUCCUAUUUGCCUUCGUCAAGUGUCGCCCUGAGAGGACGCUAAGUCGCCACGACAUGGCACUGGACGUAAACAAGCUAGAAAGACUAGGUCGUGUAGAUACUUUAAUGAAAUCCCUCAAAGACAUCGCCCAAAAGUCUCACAACUGUGGUCUCAAGGAAAUUCCAAGGCUCCAGCGACAACAUCUCAAGAAUGCCAGCAUCACGUGUAACGACGGUAGUCGUGCCGGGUAUUACAUUCGAAAAUCUUACGGGAGCAAGAGAUGGAUCGUCUUCCUUGAAGGGGGCUGGUACUGUUUUGACAGACCGAGUUGUCAGCUGAGAUGGGAAAGCAAGCAUAUGAGGUCACUGAUGAGUUCACUGGACUGGCCGGAAAUCAGAGCAGGUACUGGCAUCCUUUCCUGGGAUCCAAAAGAAAAUCCUUACUAUUUUAACGCCAAUAUUGUUGUGGUGCCCUACUGCUCAAGUGAUUCCUGGACUGGCACUUCCAGGAGCUCGGAAGGGUACGCAUUUCUUGGAUCAUACAUCGUAGAAGCUGUGAUACGAGAACUGAUCCCCAAAGGGCUUCAGCGCGCCCGCAGGUUGAUGCUGGCGGGAAGCAGUGCUGGUGGUACAGGAGUUCUGACCAACCUGGACCGCGUAGCUGACCUCAUGUCCAAGCUGGCGCCUGCAGUGGAGGUCAGAGGAAUUGCCGACUCGGGCUGGUUUGUGGACACCCCUCAGUACCACGCAAGAGAAUGUACAGAACCGUUCUCGUGUGCUCCAGCCGACGGCAUCAAACGGGGGAUAAAUUUGUGGAAGGGCCAAGUUCCGGAUGCCUGUAAAGCACAGUACCCUGAAUCUGAGCACUGGAAAUGUUACUUCGGCUAUAGGAUAUACCCAACAUUGAAAACUCCCAUAUUCAUCGUUCAGUACUUAUUUGAUGAAGCCCAGAUCACAGUCAAUAACCUCAUUGACCAAUCACAGCUCGCCAUGAAUCGAGGCAACACGGUCUUCUCCAGGGGGCAAUGGGAGUACCUGCAUAAUCUUGGGGAACAUGUCAAAAGCACUUUACAAAAUGUCACGGCUGUAUUUGCGCCAGCCUGUCUCUCCCAUGAGUUACUACAGAAAAGUACCUGGCAGUCUGUUUCUGUAGACGGGGUCAAUUUAGCCCAAUCUAUUUACUGCUGGGAGAAUAGUUUUGACGGCGAGAAAUGUCUCUCUGCUACCAGGAAUAACAGGAUACGACAGCGGGCACUGACUGAUCCUCUGCUAAAGGACGAGCCGGCGGCUAAUAACGUCAGUAAGAAGAGGAAACAGCGACGACGUGAAAAGAAACGACGUAAUCGUAAAAGGAAGAAUAGGAAAAGGAAAAACAAGAAAAGGAGGAGGCGUCAGAAAAAGAAAAGGAAUAAGAAAAACAAUAAAAAGGACCGCGGCAGACGUCGUUCAGGACGCUCAGCAAAACAGAUGGCCAACUGCAGCCAUCACCUCAUAGAGUUGUGUCCCCUACCUCAGUGGUGCAAUGGGUUUUGCCCAGCAUUCCGGAACCGUUUUACCGGAGAAGAGAUGGACUUCUUUAAACUGUUCGCCGUUUCCGGUAUUGACAGGGCUAGUAUUGCAGAAAUUCUGGGCGUUGAUCAAUCGGCGCUUAAUUCAAUGAACAUCGAUACCAUAUCGGAAUUAUUACUCGAUACAUUUCGACAUCAAAGCUCCUAGUAGCCAAAGUGUCUUCAUCAUAUUCUAUUUGAACAACUACGGGUCUGACAAAUAAUCAUCACCCAUGUGUGUGUACUCAACACGGUAUUCAACGACUUACUCAUGUACAUGCACGUGUUCGGUGCGUGCAUUGGUUCCUUUCAGCGUUGUGACUUCGUUGGUCAAGUAUUCCACAUACCUACUCUACAACAUGACAACUCUACCAUGAACUUAUUGUUGUACAGAUAGUAUGAUGUUCGAAAUUAUAUCUAGAAUGUCAACUUAAUUAACUUUACAUAACUUGUUGUUGUGAUAUUAUUGGUAGAGGUAGAUAUGGAUUUUAUUUACAAGAAAUGGAAAAUAUUUUGUUAGGGACAAAUCUCCACAGUGGCAGAAUCAUGCAUAUCUUUCACGACCGGAAAUAAUUGGCAUGUUUAAACAAACAUCCGAAGAAGUGUCAGGUCUGUUGACGAAAUCUCUCAGAACCCGAAUCUAACUUGGCUCUUAUUACAGUACUCACCCUAUAAUUUAAAGAAAUAUCUAAAUUGGGAAUUAUUUAAAUAUAUCGAGGUAGGAGGUGACCAAAUUUCCAAAUGUCCUGUGGGACAAUAGACUUUAACAGUAGGAAGCUUGUUAGUUCAUAUAAGAACAUAUUUGGGAUGAGGUUAGUUUUGUUCUCGAAUUUUUGUUGCCAGAAUAUUUCCAUAAACGUGUUCGAUAGUUUAACAUUAAGAUUUGUCUGCAAGUGGUUAAAAGAUUAAGAUCUGACUGUUAAGCGUCACUGUUGGCCGAUGGUUGUAAGAUGAAGAUGUGUCUAUUAUUAAGUGCCACUGUCAGCUGGUGGUUGGAAGAUUGAGAUGUAUCUUGUUUAGCGUCAAUGUCGGCCGGUGGUGGCAAGAUUAAGGUGUAUCUUUUGUUUAGCGUCGCUGUCGGCCGGUGGUUGUAAGAUUCCAAAACAUUGUACGGAACAUUCAGGGAUAUAUUUUGCAUGUUGUAUUUGUAAAUAUUACCGUAUUCAUUGUACAGAAACUUCAUCGAUGAAUUUUCAGUCGCUGUGACUGAUAUUUGGUCUGUAGUUUGGGAGGUCACGUGUUGGUGGUAUGGCUAUUUAUAAUAAUAUUACGGUACCUUUAAUUAAACUAUACUAACUUUAUUCAAGCUGUGGUAAAAGGAAUGUUACCAUGAUUAUAUGAGAGUAACCAUGGUAAUAUUUUGGUUGGUAUAGUAAUGUUACGGUUGUGACGGUACAAUUAUUGCAACUAAGGUCAUAUGAGUGUAACCAAGGUAAUACCAGUGUAACCAUGGUAAUAUUACGGUAACUACCGUAUUACUUAUUGACUAUGGAAGUAUUAUAAUAUUUGACAACCAUGGUAAUAUUAUGAUAACAGUAAUGAUAUUAAGAUAAAUACGAUAGUAUUAUUGUAGCUAAGGUAUUAUUUUGGUACCCACGUUAAUGUUAUUAUGGCAACAUUGUGCCAAUGAAUUGUUUAAUAAGCUUUGAACAGUGCUCGGUUCUCACCUAUAGUGCACGUAGAGAAAUGUUCAGUACUGGACACAGGCUCUGCUGCUUCUUUAUCCAUUAUAACGAGAAAUACAAUGUACGUUGUGAGAUGUUGUGCGAUCAUUUUUCAUCUAAAGAUCAAUCCACUAUUUGUUCUGUCUUCAAAUAUUGGAAACAUGAUGAAAACAAACAUUCUAGUUUAUCAUCGACAGGAUACAAUAAUGUUCAAUAAAUGUUUAAGUAAUGUGUAUAGCAGGCCCAUUUCGACUGAUUCACCGAACCUACCUCUACAUAUAAACACACCUGAGCCAUCCGAGGGCGCCAAAUAACACCUGUUGUCAUUUCAAAGAAUUCUAUUUACAGAGUACUAUAUGUAUAUAGAUAUAUGUCUUUUUUGAGGUAGGGCACAUCGAUUUAAACUUACUUUACUUAAGAGAGAUAACUCCUAUUAGAGUUUACCUUUGAAUAUUUUGUAAUUAUGUAAAAUAUAACAUUUGUUAUUUAUUUAUUACGAGGUACGUAAUAAGUUUAUUGUUAUUUUGAUUCAUUUCCUGCAUCUUUUUUUUUGUAUUUUUUGUCGAAAAAGAAUCGAUCCUUAACACAUACUGUUACUAUUGUCAAUUUUGGCUGAGUGUUUUUUGAAUCAGGGACUUCAUAAAAACACUACUGUCGGUUUAAUCAACAUUCAUAAAAUAAAAACCACAGCAUUUAUUAAUAACUUUAAAAUGUAGAUCUGAAAGAUAAAAGUAAAUAAAAAUAUCCGUUUAAGAGAUACUAGUUAUACUCUAACAUUCUGUAAAAUGAAGGCAUUUUUUUCAGUGGAAUGUAGAAGUAACUGUUCAAUAAAUUAUUGAUAUAUCUAUGACCAAUACAUACAUUUAUUUCCCUGUUUAAUACAGUUUGUCGUUUCCGUGUAACAGGCUGUUGUGUUUUACCGUUCCUGGUUAUUCACUCGUAAAUUUAAUUGAGAAAUGUUGUACACUACACGAUAACAACAGGUUGUACAGUGAUUUGUUUUUAUUGUUGUAAAUCGCAAAGACUAUUUUGCAAUAUUGUUGUAUAUUGUAUUUUGAUGUAUAUUUGAACAUAGGUUUAAUACGAAUGUAAAAAUAUAAAAUAAAAGGCAAAAACAUUAAU